UUUAAAAACGGUUGACACGUGUGCGCGCAAACGGUUCAGUAUAAUUCGAACUAGAAUUCGAACGCGCUUAAAAAUUAAGUACCUACGUAGCGCGAAAACUGACGCGCUGUUAUUUUAUAAGCCUAUCUUUAAAAUGUUUUUCACCUGUCUAAAUAAGCGUGGAAAUUUUUUGAAGUGACAGUUGUGAAAAUCAGUCGCUGCGUUGUCAAUAAUACUUUUCGUCGAAAGAAAAAUAUAUAUUCGUACAAAUUUAGUUUUGAAAAUUUUCCGUAUUUGUAUUAAAUUUUGGGACGCGACAAAUAAGUGCAAGAAUAUAUUUUUAGCGACUGAAGACAGGAUACAAGUUGAUGCAACUAUGACGAAUGGCAAAUUAUACUUGAAGUAAUAUAUAAAAAAAAAACAUAAUCGAAAAACACUCAAUGUGAUAUGAAGCAGGAAAUUUAGGGCUUUUAUUCAUAAAGAACAGUAGGAAAAUAUGGAGAUCGGAGUAGUAAAAAUAGCAGAAGACAGCGAUUUUGCUAUGUUAAAGCGACUGGUUGACAACCAUGAUAGUUGGAGAUUGGAGUAUGAAAAUAAACCGGACCAAAUCAAGGUUUGGUCAAAAACGACUUCUACCAGCAGUUUUCGCAUGGUAAAAAUACACUCCGUCUUCAAUAAAAUAAGUGCCGAAACUAUGUUCGAUGUGUUACACGAUCCGGACUAUCGUAAAGAAUGGGACGAACAUAUGAUGGCCUCCAUAGAUAUAGGAUAUCUGAAUCCUAACAACGAUGUAGGAUAUUAUGCCCUGUCUUGCCCGUCACCUCUUAAAAACAGAGACUUUGUGCUUCAGAGGUCGUGGUUAGAUAUGAACGACGAAAAGCUAAUAUUAAACCAUUCUGUAAACCAUAAAGAUUAUGGUCCAAGGAGAGAAUUUAUAAGAGCUGUUUCAUAUUUAACUGGUUUUGUGGUGAGAAGAAGAAACGAGGGCUGUUUUUUGGGUUAUAUUUCGCAGACUGAUCCUAGAGGUAAAUUACCGUCAUGGCUUGUGAAUAAAGUGACACAGAAAUUGGCACCCAACGUUGUGAAGCAACUAAAACUAGCUGCAGAGGGUUACGAAAUGUGGAAAAUUAGGCAGAAAAAUCCCUUACUUAAACCGUGGAUUAAUCCAGAACAAAUAUUAGGUCCAAAAAUCAGUAUAGCCGAUGUAAGCUACAGUACCGCCAAAGUUGAUCAACAUCUACCUCACACAGACCUGGGACUGACAAAGAAUGAUUGAUUAUAUUAUUAACAGAUGUUAUGUCAUAUCUGAAAUGUUAUUAUAUUGUUUCACACAAAAAGCUGAUCAACAUCCACCUCACACAGACCUGGUAACUGAUGGGAACUGAUGAAGACACAUGAAAUAUUGUAGUUUGGUCCUUUUCCUUAAUUUAUUAUUUUUGUAUCUUCGAUAAGAAGCAAAAUAAAAAUGCUAUAAUUUA